GCCUAGCCCCAGCCCAGCCCAGCAGCUCUCAGCCUUGCAUGACACGGACAACAACCACCCAAUAAUGGCCCGCCAUUCACAGCGGGCGUCCAAAGAGCUGAGGUGGCCUCUCCGGAUUUACACGGCUCACCACCACGUCCAGCCUCUCAGGCACAAUAAUCCACGACAACCUUUUCCUACAUUCCUUUGUUUUGGCCUUCUUGAAUUCAUGCUGGCGCGCUAGAAGACCAUUGAUAGCGGAAAGUGGAAAGGGGAAAGAAAGUGCAGAAGAUGAACGGCUUUUCGGCCCGUGGCCUGGACGAGGAUGCUUUUGGGGAAAAGAAAGGCAAUAUCGUCCAAGCUUUUGAUGCAUUUCGUGAGCUGUCACCACUAACAUCUUGCUUUCUUUUACUUGCACUCUUCGAAUGGACCAUUUGCGCGAGUUGUCAUUUGGGAAACUCUUACUGACUUGAAUACGCCAUAGCCAAGGCAAAGCCACAAUAUGUAACCAGGACAUCAGGCGGCGGAAAAUGGACUGUCGCAAUGCUCGUCGUAUCGUUCCUCCUCAUUUUCUCGGAAUUCUCACGGUGGUGGCGGGGCCACGAAACCCAUACGUUUGCUGUGGAGAAGGGCGUUGGUCAUGAUCUGCAGAUCAAUUUGGAUAUUGUGAUCCCAAUGAAGUGUGAUGAUAUACACAUCAACGUGCAAGAUGCAGCCGGAGACCGUAUCUUGGCCGCCACUAUGCUAAAGCGUGAUCCAACAAUGUGGUCACAAUGGGUGGACGCAAGAGGUGUUCAUAAGCUGGGUACGGAUGCAAAUGGGAAAAUUAUCACUGGAGAAGAGUACCAUGAGCAUGAGGAAGGGUUUGGGGAAGAGCAUGUCCAUGAUAUUAUUGCUGCUGCUGGAGGUGGAAGGAAGGCCAAGUUCGCAAAGACUCCGAGGCUCAAGUGGGGUGCUGCUGGUGGUGACAGCUGUCGUAUUUAUGGAAGUUUGGGCGUAAACAAGGUUCAAGGCGAUUUCCACAUUACAGCUCGUGGUCACGGUUACCAGGAGUUUGCUGCUGGGCAUCUGGAUCAUAAUGCCUUCAACUUCUCCCACAUUGUCUCUGAGCUCUCCUUCGGACAGUUCUACCCCUCACUCCUUAACCCUCUCGACCGAACCAUAUCUACAACCGACAAUCACUUCCACAAGUUCCAAUACUUCCUCUCAGUGGUACCUACAGUCUACUCUGUUGAUUCUAGCACGCCGUAUGCCUCCCGCACUGUGUUCACCAACCAGUAUGCAGUCACAGAACAAUCCCAUAUGGUCGGAGAGCGAUCAGUACCAGGAAUAUUUUUUAAGUAUGACAUUGAACCAAUGCUGCUCACAGUCGAGGAAAGUCGCGAUAGUUUUCUGAGAUUUGUGGUCAAGAUUGUCAACGUUGUUAGUGGCGUGUUAGUGGCCGGCCAUUGGGGCUUUACACUGACGGAAUGGGCAACUUCUGUGUGGGGAAAACGGAGGAGGGGGAGGAGCGAUGGUGUCAUCAAUGGACGGUCUCAUGAGAUGGAGGAUUGAGUGUAUAUCUUGUGCAGUAUUCCUACAAUAUCCAAGGUGUUCAGGUGUUAGGGGUUCAUGUAGCUAUCAAAAGACUGAUCAUGUCUGAACAUAACAUUAUU